CCCCAACCGGACGUCCAUUUUGGUUCUUCCUCCAUUUCCGCGGGAACGAGAACGAAAGGUCGCGGCCAUGGUGGUUGAAACUGUAUAUCUCCCCGCCUCUCGGUUCAAAAUCCGAGCCACCGAUCAAUCGGAUGAGCUCGAUUUCUCCCCUUUUCGGCGAUUCCUAGACGCAAGUCCCUUCCUGGCCAGAGAUGGCAGCGUGGAGAACCGCGAUGUUGCUUCUCCUCGUCGCCAUGGAAGACAUGAUCUCGGCGCCGUCGUGCGAGAUAUCCGGCCACUCCGGUGGAGAUUCGUGCCAUCCAGAUGAUCUGAGGGUCAUGAUGGUGGCGGAUCUUCUCUUGCUGGAACCGGACGCAGGGUUCGUCGAUCUCUACUUUAGGGAUCUCUUCAGAUCCGAAUUCUUCAAGGGAAGGGCAGGGAUCCAUGUGGAGGGGGCAGGGUUCAAGAUUAGGAUGAUUGGCAUGAAGCUAAAAGCGCAUACCAUCCAUUUCCUUUUCUAAAGUUAUUUGGCCAAGUGAUGUUGAUAUGCGACUGUUGGGAUAUACCGGCUGAUCCCUAUAUGCUGACUUAUCCUCGGAACGGUUCGACCGACGUCCGACUCUAUCCACCGGAUGGACAGACGACUCCGACAAUGACUACCGACGAUAUCCGACCGAAGGUAUGCCGGUCGAACAGACCAAUGCUAUUUCCAACCGGCCGAACGGCCGAACCCAUAUCACCGACUCACUGUCGGGGGUGGCGGCUGACGUCCGACUUCCACAAGGUACCAGAUCAGCCGACGGUGUUUUCGAGUCAUCACCAGACGUCCCGGCAGCCGAAUCCCGACAUAUAGUCGGCCAGUCCGCUCAAACACCGUACAACCGCUAUGGGCUGUUGUCCUGUCAAGGACAUGCUUUGCGACUGCCCUGGGGCAUUGUCCUGUCAAGGACAUGGGUUAAUUCUGAUGACCUGACAACCCAUGUCGAUUUGACAGUCCCCAGCGAUUUGUCAACUCCUCAGUUGUCUGCACCAUUAAUGGUGGGACCAUACCGCAUUCUACUAUAAAACGGGGUAAGGCAACAGUUUUGGUAAGCUCUCGAAAAGCUCUUAAGCUCUCAAACUCUCUCUCCUCCGCUGAGCCCUCUGGUUUUUUUCACUGUUGCUUAGUCUCCUCUCUGACUUGACCGUCGGAGGGUCCCCGCCGGAGGCAUCUCCGGUCAGUUAGGACUUUCCUUGCAGGUGCGCGUCCCCGGCGAUCAGACGACGAGGGGAUUGGCAGCAACAACGACCAUAUGAGUUCAAGUAUACUCUCCCUGUAAAUGCAACUGUGCAUAUCUUCCAGGCUAUUAAGCCAAAGUCUGUAAUCUAAGUUCGUUUUCUUUAAUUCUUUGAAACCACAUAAGAAUUUCAGAAGAUAUAUAAUUGGUGGUACCAAUUCAAUAGCUGUCAUGUUUUAUGAUCUCUAUGGGAUCAUUGAUUAGAUAAGAGUUUGUAUCUGACAUCAUGAUGGCUGGAUAAGCCACAAGCAUGCACAUUAAUGGUUCUGGAAUGAAAUUUUCUUGAAAAUUGUCUUUAUAUUCCCAUAUGGCAUUUCUAACAGCAUCAGAAAUCCAGGAGAUCAUGCAAUUGAUUUUGUUUAAGCUCUCUAUACUUUUCUUUUUCUCACACAACUUAUGAAUGAAAGAAAAAGUGAAGUAAUCCUUAUGUAGCAACUUGCUUGCCGCAGGAUUGUUCAGUGUUGACACCCAUAGCUUUUAUGACCAUGCACAUGAUGAUGAGACACAUGAAUUGACUGUCCCUACCAUGACAUGGGCUGCUGAGGAAGCCUCAGUUUGUUGUUCUCACUUUUGGACAGAACAAAGCAGUGACUGUGAACCAGUGUUCUUUGGCUACGGAAUUACAAGUAGUAAUGGCCUUUAUGUUUGUAUUCAUCCUGUCAAUAGCAAUGCUACUGGUAAUGAGGCAGUCACAUUUUUAACAUAGAUGACAAAACCCACAAUUUUGCCUAGUGAUUUGUGCGUUUCUAAGAAGGUGUUGAGAUGUUGAUCACCAUAUUUCUGUAGUAUAAUUAUUUUGCAGCUUCUCGAAUGCCUGUAAUACUGAUGCAGCUUGUCUUGGUUGAGUUGUGUAAAAGGGCCUCUUUGGUAAAGCAGGAUUCAAUGAAGAGAGAGAAAUUUGUGUCAUGUUUAAACAUGUGUGUGCUCUUUCAUCUUGAUAAAGAAACAGGCUUAUGAGCACUAAGAGUUCCCAAUUAAAGCACAAAUAAAAAGAAGACAAGGACAUGUGAAAUUUCUUGGUUCACCAAUGAAGAUAAUGUUUUUAAUAAAUAGCAUCUAAUUAUUCUGUGCUUGUGAAACUGGCUGACUUUUGCUCCUGACUUUUGCUAUUACUUGUCACCUGGACUCUAUUGCUAUGUGAAUGCUACCCUAAAACAGAGGUGCAGAGGUGACUAUUAAUCUAGAUGAGGACUAAAGAAUACGAAGAAAAGUCCGAAUACCACUUUGUUCUCCGACUCAAUAGCCGCGACAGAUAAAAGAAUUAUUUGAUCUUAUCUGCCGCUACAGCAAUCAUUGAAUGGUAACUUUGUGGUUUAGUAUUUAGCAAGUGGAUUCUCAUACUGAAUUACUUUAUUUAAGGGGUGGAUUCUGUUUGCAUGGUAACUAUGAUAACUGCUUCCAGGUUUGCACCCACCAUCAAGGACUCUCCUGGAUUCACUAUUUUGUUUUCUUCCUCUUUUAUUUGGAUCUGACUUGGGCACUGUCAGGUGGAAUGAUUCUCUUCAUGAGAGAUUCUGACUAUGGUGAUAAGAGCAUUAGUGAUGUAAACAUGACUUUUAUUGAACAAAAGUUGCUGAAAGAUAAUGAAGUGUCAGGGAAAGCCUAUGGUUGAAAUUGGAACAUAGGAUAUGUUCUCAAGAUGUUGAUGUUUUGUUUGUUCUCACCUUUGCUGGAUGCUUUAAAGAAAGCAAUAUUCCAGGUAUAGCAUCAGAGAACUCUAUAAGUUGAACUCUCAGGCCUCUCUAUCCUUAAGUUGUGCAAGAUCAGCAUCUGCAGGCUCUUCAAAAUGGCAACCAGUUCACAAACGACCAAGAAAUAUGAAUUUGAUUGUGUAUACCUCCACUCUUGUUUAGCUGGAGGCAAGGGUGCAUCAAGUGAACCAAGAAAGGUUAUGGAGAUCCUCACUCAAAGAAACAUGGAAGAGCUUAAGCUCAUUCGUCAGACAUACCGUGCUCUCUACAACUGCGACCUGCUCCAUGUCUUCUCCCAAAGUGACAAUCCAUUUUCUAGGGUGGCUUAUCUUCGUGCAACCGAACCCCCUGAAAGAGAUGCUGAAAUUGUGAGAGGAGCACUGUUUGGUCAGAGUUUGGACCCUGAUACUCUCACUGAAAUCAUCUGCACUCGCUCUUCUUUGGAGCUUAGUGCUGCCAAGCAAGCCUAUCAAGCUCGGUACAACUCCAACCUGGAACGAGAUGUUUCCUCGAAAACUAUUGGCAGCUUGAAGGAGGUUCUUCUAGCAGUCUUAAACUCAAACUGUUACGAUGGAGGAAGAGUUGACACAAGUCUGGCAAUGUGCGAUGCAAAGACACUCUAUGAAGCAAUUGAAAGUGGAAAAUACAUAGAUCAGAGGUGCAUCAUCUUGGUUAUCAGCCAAAGGAACACUAGCCAAAUCAAAGAAAUUCUUUCCUCCUACAAACAACUCUAUGGUCAUGAAUUCUUGAAGUUCUUAAAAAAAGAGAAAUGUGGAGACUUUGGAAGGCAGCUCCGUAUAGUGAUCCGGUGCAUUCAAUUUCCUGAGAAGCACUUUGCCAAGCAACUCCGAAGAAAACUGAAGAAUGGUGAUGCUAGAGAGGUUUUGCUUCGAACAGUGGUGACUCGAUCCGAAAUCGAUAUCAAACACAUAAAUAGUGCUUUUGCCGCGAAAACUGGAUGGACUCUGGAGAGUCUUGUAAGAAAUGAAUUCAACGGUAACAGCUGCUCCAACACUGACAAAGUUUACAGCUUGGCUGGUGAUUUCCUUAUUGCCCUUCUCAAACAUUCUUGAGAAGUUAUUGAGUCUGGGUCUCUAUGAGCAUUAGAAUGUAAGUCGUGAGAAAGAGGGGAAUAAGAGAUUGGUUUUCAGUGUUAAUACCAGUUGUUGCUUGUGACUGUUUAUC